CCUGUCGUGAAGGCAAAUGAAUGGGCUGCCAAUCGCUGAUUGUUCCAUUGAAUUGCUUGCCAUUGUUCUGGAAUGCACUGUUUGCAGAUUAAUCUCACCUUAUCGCAUCCUGCAACAAUUAGCUUGAUUUCGAUCCAACGACGAAUGCGCGUCCUGUCAAUGCUGCCUAUCCGCAGUCUCCGGCAUCCAUAGCGAACAUCCUUGUGCGACUUUUGCCUUGAUAUCCGUACUACUUCAUCCUCUCCGCAAACGACGCGUCUCCAAACGCGCUCCGUUCAACAUUUCGCACUUCAACCUUGAGGAUGAGUCUGGGGCAUAUGGCCUUACCUUGCUGCCAAACGAUGAAAGAGCCAAAGACAUACCCAGCAAGUUGAUUGCGACAAGAAUGUGGCGACUGAUAUACCUGUUCCUGCUGUUUGUUCGCAUCUUUUUCGCAUUGAGUCCGAGUUACCUUCACCCCGACGAGAUCUUUCAGGGUCCAGAGCCUGUUUCUGGAUAUCUUUUCCCGUAUCCGAACCAUCGCACGUGGGAAUGGACAUCAUCCCAUCCAAUCCGCAGCGUGUUCCCAUUAUGGCCCUUCUAUGGCCUGCCGAUGGCCUUGAUGAAAUGGGUUUGGGCUCAGGAUGAAGAUGGUCUUGUGGAUCCUCACACCAUAUAUUACACCCUUCGUCUGGUCAUGUUCAUGCUCAGUUUUGUCGUCCAAGAUUGGGCUGUUCAUGACCUGGUCCGGUCUCCACGACACAGACGAGAGGCUGUCAUCCUGGUGACCUCUUCAUACGUAACGUGGACCUUCCAGACGCACACUUUCUCCAACUCAAUCGAAACAUUGCUUGUGUUAUGGAGUCUGGUCGUUAUAGAGCGAAUCGUGGGCGAAAAGCGAUCAGCUAUCGCCUCAUGCAUCGUCCUGGGCUUUCUCUUUGUCUUUGGCACGUUUAAUCGAAUCACUUUUCCAGCGUUCAUUGUGAUACCCGGCAUGCAACUGUUGCCACAUUUCUUGAAUAGACCUUUCUGCGCCCUUGCGCUUCUUCUUUCCAGCGUCUUCUGGACUGUCGCCGCGAUCAUCAUCGACACAGCCUACUACUCCGGGCCUGCGGCGACCAGAUCAUUCCGAGCUUUGUACGACCAUGUGCGCAGAGCACCUGUAAUAACACCAUUGAACAAUCUCCUCUACAAUACGCAGACCAGCAAUCUUGCUCAGCAUGGCCUUCAUCCGCACUAUCAGCAUCUGCUAGUCAAUCUGCCGCAACUCCUGGGACCAGCUUUAAUCCUCUUAAUUGUGUCCGCCUACCCUUUCAACCUGCGCGUCCUGAAAACACUCCUUAGCAAUGCCAGACUAGCAUCUGCGACGACCGGAACUCUUUUUCUCAGCCUCAUUCCUCAUCAGGAGCCACGUUUCUUACUCCCAGCCGUCCCCUUAUUCUUGGCAUGCCUCCGCGUUCCCACGACAAAGAUAUGGAACAGCAUUUUCUGGGCCAGCUGGAUCAUCUUCAACGUGGCCCUCGCAGUACUGAUGGGCAUCUACCACCAAGGUGGUGUCAUCCCGACUCAACUUGCCAUCCCAUCACUAAUCACAAACUCUAUCACGAACACGCACUCCAAAGCCCACAACAUCGAAGUAUUCUGGUGGAAGACCUAUCCGCCGCCAAACUUCCUGCUAGGCACCGACCCUGUUCACCCAGCCACAAACCACUCCCUCAACAUCUCUACCGUCCCACUCAUGGGCUACCCUCAAAGCGAACUCGUCUUCAUGCUGAUGCAGCACAUGCCGACGUGUGACCCGUCCCUCAUUGAGCGUUUGAUUCCGCACAAGGAGAAGACAGACGUCUUCGUGGUGGCGCCACUGGCGGCCUGGCGUCUACAAGAGACGGAGCCGUACCCGCCCGUUUCCAAUUUCAGUUUCUCCAUCACAUUCAACGUUCCGCCAGCCAACCUACUCAUGACAAAUAUCUUCACUUACCGGCAGCACGUCAAUCUAGACGACAUGGAUUUUGGCGACGAUGGUGUGACCCCAACGCUGAAAAGAGUUGUGGGCAGACGAGGACUAGGGGUAUGGAAGGUUGAUAGAAUUUGCGACUCGAUCGCGUACGUGGACCAGCAUGGCAACCAGGUUCAGCCUCCGGAAGUUGUACUGCAUGAGUCUGGUGACCAUCAAGGUGACAAUCUGGCUUCGGACCCGGCUGUGGAUGCGGUGCCGACCGUCACGACCGCCGUGACCACUUGAGCUAUGUACUUGAGAGCAACUCCUUGUCCAUAAAACAAAAAGGAGCCAACUGAUUGAGAAGAACAUUGACAUUGACAAUAAUGCUCGUUAUUAGGCUAGGUACAGGCAGAGACGGGUUCAUUGCCGGUAUGUAU